CACGCUCCUCUGUUUAUGCUUCAGACGCGGUUUAAUUCCCCACAGAGAGCGUCCUUUAACUAACCCAAAACAUGUCAGAAGAUAUUUAAACCUAAAUAUCGUCGACAAGUGUAAAUGGCGUGAAAUUUAGGCUACUUUAUUUGUUUUCCUGUAAGGUUCCUUUGUUCCAGCUGUAUGAGACGCAGAUGCAGUCAUUUACACGCGGCAAGACAUUAUAUUGUUUUUAGACUCUGCCAUCGUUACUGAAAUGAGUCAAAAGGGAGUCUUAUCCAUAUGAACCUCUUUUGGAUAAACAGGAUGGUUGUAAUGGGCCACAGGAGAACGCUGCAGUUGUCUGACCUUUGCAAGCUGUAUAAUGAGGAGUCUGUCCACACCCUAUCCUCUGUGUUUGAGCACGAAUGGGAAAAACAACAGAAUUACAAUGAGAGGUUGGACUUAGAAGAGGAUUCUGGAAGAGAGUCACUGCUGGUCUCCAGAAAAGCCAAUACUGGUUACUCUCUCCUUUAUGCAAUAUGGGUGACAUUCCGUCCAGCCUUAGUCAAAGUUGCGCUUCUGAGACUGUCAACUGAUAUUUUUAGCAUUUUAGUUCCUUUGACUCUCAGGUGGCUUAUCCUGUUCUGUGAGAGACAGGCUGUGUUUGACUGGGCAGGAUACACGUAUUCUCUGGUGAUGUUGGGAGCAGUUUGCUGCUGUGCUGUUUCUCAGCAUCACUUUGAGAAACAUAGUAGGAUAAUUGCAGCCAAUGCACAAGCGGUUCUAGCUGGCUUCCUCUACAGGAAGGUAAAGGUCUUAUUAACUGUCUCAUUAUCUCAGUAUGCUUUCAGUCCAAACAAAAAACAGUCUGCAACUUUUUUUUUCACAAAUGUUUUGUCAUGUCAAACUGAAAGUAUAUCCAUUUCUUUAUAUACUGAAAGGAUUAUCUUCUUUAUUCCAUGGUUCAUGUUCCCUCCAUUCCACCCCCCCACCCCCCCACCCCCUCCCUAUACAUUUAAGACAUUGCCCUUUUCCCAUAGUUCUCGACAGCAAUCAAACACCACUCAGGGGACAGAUUUAUUAAGGGAGGUUGAAAAUGUUACAGAGCUAGUGGUCACAUUAGCUUGUCUUUGGUCCACUCCCCUGAGAGUCGCUCUCUGUCUGGACUUACUGUGGGGAGAAUUGGGCCCAGGUGUUCUAGUGGGGGUGGCAUUGCUACUAGUCCUCAUCCCUGUCAACUCUGCAGUAGAGCGCAAAGCCAAACAGCUUCAGAGAACUCAGCUGAUCAUCAGGGAAAGGAGUGAACAACUCAUCAAGGAAAUGUUGCAUAAAUACCAGGCCCUGAAGUUUCUCACAUGGGAGUCUUGGUUCCAUCAAAGAGUUACAGAGUCACGGGCCAGGGAGCUGGAGAUGCUCAGAAUUCUGGGAUAUCUGACAGCAUUCUCUAUGCUCAACUCUAUCUGUAUGCCUUUCCUGGUUGGUUUCUCUAGUAUCGGUGUGUUUGUGCUGGUGGAUGAUGGGAAUGUUCUCACACCGUCUCAGAUCUUUACAUCCCUCUGUUUCUUCAGAUUGCUCCGCCCACCUCUGCUGGAGCUCCUUGGGCUCUUCUGUGUUCUCAAGCAGGCACAGCAGUCUCUUUGCCAUCUGGAGAAGAGCUUUCUUGGAAAGGAUUUGGGCACCACUCAGUUAGUUACUACAAAAGAAGAGCUUCCAUCUGAUGGCUUCCAACAGCGAUGUGACGGGUGUAAAGAUAAGCACAGUCAUUCUGAUGAGAAAAGUGAUCACUAUCUAUCCCAAAAAGGCAGUGGAAAGGCCCGCAUGCUGUAUUUGAGGGCUUUUGGCUGGCACUGGCUGUCAGUUUCCUCGCUUGUCUACCUGUCUGUGUGUGCUGUUAGUUUAGCACAAGAUGGCAUCCUGAGUGUGUGGACGGGUGAAGCCAAAGAAGUUCAAGGCCUGGAAGGGUGGAGAGAGCUCCGAAACUCACGACUGUCUGCGUACGCACUGCUCGGACUCCUACAAGCCUUCCUCGUGUGCUGUGCCGCCUACUGUCUGACCUGUGCCUCUCUCAGGGCUUCUCAUACACUGCACUCAAAGCUUCUGUCAGAUGUUCUUCACAUGCCUAUGCAUUCCCAGAAGACUGACAUGAGACGGCUACUGCAAGUAUUCACUCAGGAUAUGCAGGUCAUUGAUGAAGAGCUGCCCAAACAUUUGCACAGCUGGUUGAAGAGUCUUUUGGACAUAUUGAGCACCAUCACUCUGAUCAGCUUCAUCAUGCCGGUUUUCAGCCUAGCUGUCUGCCCGCUGAUAAUCCUCUUCCUCCGUAUUCAGUCACGCUUUUCUUCAGCCCACAGUCAUAUCAGACACAUGGAGGCAAACCCAGUUGCUUCUCUGGAGUGUGUGACACAGUGUGUUGAAGAUCCACUUUCUGGGCCAAAACAUAGAGAGGUGUGUCUGACACACUGCCUCCAAGCCUUAAAUCAAAACCUGCUGGUCAAGUACAACAAAAUCAACACAGAAAGUCGGGCUGCGUUGCGGUUAGAUGGCAUUGCUGGGAUUGUGCUGUUCCUGGUCAGUCUGAUUCUGCUGGAGACUGAACUGGAUGCAGGGCUUGUGGUUCUGGCAUUGAUCUGUGCCUUCAAUAUCAAAAAAGCUGUUCACCGAUACCCUCAGGCUGCCUCUGAUAUCAGCAUGGACAUGCUGAGCAUGCAAAACCUUUGUGAAUUUGCCAAAGUGGAGAAGGAGGCAGCAUGGGAAAAAUCCUACAGACCACCCAAUGACUGGCCCCAGCAUGGAGAGGUGAAGUUCAGGAACUAUGAGUCUGAAGCCUCCUCUAAUGGCACACCAGCUCUUAGAGGAAUUAAUCUCACCAUUCUAAAAGAGGAAAAGAUUGGGCUCGUAAGCAGGGGGAAGACCGACACCGAUGGUUUGGUUAGCAGUCUGUUCCGGUCAGUGGAGGCCAGGAGCGGCGCUGUGCUGAUUGACGAUAUAAACAUCGCCCGCAUGGGUCUACGUGACCUUCGUAGCCGUCUGCAAAUCAUUUCUCAGGUUCCCGUACUGUUCUCUGGUCCCCUGAGGGCUAACCUGGACCCAUUCGCUCAGCAUACUGACGCACAGGUGUGGUUGGCUCUGGAGCUCUGCCAUCUGAAGGAGCGUGUUCGACUAUUGCCUGCUCAGCUGCUGCACCCUGUACAGAGGACCUCCCUCGCUUUCAGCUUUGGCCAGAGGAGGCUGCUCUGUUUGGCCAGAGCCCUGCUUGCAAGGGUCAGAAUCCUGCUUGUGGAAGAGGCCCUUCCUCGUGUGGACCUAGAAACAGAGGAGCUGGUCCGACAGUUGAUCCACACAGAGUUUAAACACUGCACUGUACUGUGGCUCACUCAGAACCCGCUCACUGUCAUGCACACUGACAGGGUGCUGGUUUUGAAUAAGGGACAAGCUGUGAACUUUGACUCCCCUUCCACUCUCCUCCAGCAGGGGCCGCUGUUCAGUCAAUGAGACGGGACCUGCUCUUACAUCCAAUUAUUAUUCUAUCAUUUACUCAUUUCUUGUUGACCAAAUAUUUAAGAUAUUCAUUUUACAUCAUACAUUAGGUUAUCUAAAGCACAGUUUAUUCACACAUGAAUUAAUUAAGGUUUUGGACCGAUUAUACUGAAUAAAUUAUUAAAUAAAAAAAGUGAUAAGUGGAACACAAACAGAUUUUGAAAUAUUCUAGCAAAUUGUGGGGGUUAUUUUAAAUGUAUUUUCCAUUUUAUAAUUG